CGUCUCCUGAUUGGUCACACUAAUGAGGGCUUGCGGGCCGGCUGGUUUCUGGACAGUGUGCAGAUCUCCGUUCCAGUUCACGGGAUGCAGUACAUGUUCCCGAGCCACCGCUGGCUCUGCAAAGACGAGGCUGAUGGGAAAGUGGAGGUUGAGAUCUAUCCCAGUGAGAUCUUGAACAUUGAACAAUUGAUCAACUAUGAAGUAACCGUGGUCACGGGGGACAAGCGUGCAGGUGGCACCAAUGCCAACGUCUUCUGUCAGAUCUACGGAGAUGAUGGAAAAACUGAAGUUCUCGCUCUCAAGAGUCGCUCCAACAACUUUGAACGUGGCACCACUGAGAUCUUCAGGAUUGAGGCGCUCGAUGUCGGUAAGAUCUACAAGAUGCGUAUCUACCAUGACGGGAAGGGUAUUGGAGACGGCUGGUUCCUGGAGUCGGUGGACAUCAAGCGGCUGAUGAUGGCUAUGGUGCAGGUUGAGGUGAAGAAGGACGUAAAGAAAGACAAGAAGAAGGACAAGAAGAAGAAGAAGAAAGAAGAAGAGGAGGAGGUGGAGAUGGUUGAGAAGCUGCAGGAAGUGGUGCAGACAUUUAAUUUCCCCUGCAGCCGCUGGCUGGCCAGGGAUGAGGAGGAUGGGGAGAUUGUGGUUGAGCUGCUGACUGAGGACAAUGAAGACCUGGAGGUGAACUCGUAUGAGGUUCAUGUGUUCACUGGGACGAUGUGGGGGGCGGGGACGGAUGCCAAUGUUUACGUCAACGUCUACGGGGAGAUCGGCGACACGGGGGAGCGACAGCUCCGGAAGGCAAACAACCUCAACAAAUUUGAGAAAGGCCAGGAGGAUAUUUUCAGCAUCACAGCGGUCGACUUAGGCGUCCUGAAGAAGCUGAGGAUCCGACAUGACAACAGUCAGGCCAGUGCCGGAUGGUUUUUGGACAGAGUGGAAAUUGUAGAUGACAAAGACGACACCACGUACUUUUUCCCUUGUAAGCGCUGGCUGGCUAUCGAUGAGGAUGAUGGGCAGCUCGCCAGGGAGCUGGUUCCUGUGGACGAGGCCUUUAUGAAGAAGGGAGAUGAUGAUGACGAUGAGGAAGACUCUGAAACCACACUCGGUCUGGAACAGAAAGCCAUGUCAACAACAUACACGAUGAGGAUAAAAACUGGUGACAAAAAGUACGCAGGAACUGAUGCUAAUGUCUUUAUGAUCCUUUACGGCACCAAGGAUGACACAGGGACCAUUAACCUGAAGGCUUCAAAGACCCAUAGGAAUAAGUUUGAGCGCGGUAUGAUCGAAGAGUUCAUCGUGGAAGCCGUGGACAUUGGACCCCUGAAGAAGCUGCGUGUUGGACACGACAACCGUGGUGGAGGAUCAGCAGGCUGGUUCCUCGACUGGGUGGAGAUCGACGCCCCGUCUCUUGGACAGAAACUGCGCUUCCCCUGCGGCCGCUGGUUGGAUAAAGGGGAGGACGACGGGGCCAUCAUCAGGGACCUGUUCCCUAACGCUCUUCAGACGGAGCUUUACACACCAUUCGUUCCUUACGAGAUUAAAACCUUCACGAGUGACGUGUUCGGAGCCGGUACAGAUGCAGAUGUGGCCAUAGUCCUGUACGGGCGGGACGCAGUGUGCACGCAGCAGAAGUCUCUGUGCGUCAACAAGAGGGAGCGGAGGAUGUACUUCGAGAGAGGAGCAGAGGACAUGUUUAUUGUUGAGCUGGAAGAUGUCGGGGAUGUGAUUGAAAAGAUCCGUAUCGGACAUGACAACCGCGGGGUCAACCCGGGCUGGCAUCUGGACAGAGGGGAGAUCAGACGUCUGCUCAGGAAGGGAAAGGGUUCAGAGACCGUCAUCUUCCCGUGUGAGCGCUGGCUCGCCAAGUCGGAGGACGAUAGAGAGACGGUGAGAGAGCUGGUGCCCUCGGACAUAAUCACUGAGAAACUGUCACGAGACGGAAACCUGAAAGUGACUGAAGUGGAGGUGGAAGAUGCCCUGGAGACUCACACCUACAAAGUGUCAGUGAUGACGGGGGAUGUGUACGGCGGCGGCACCGACGCCAACGUCUUCCUCACGGUUUACGGGGACCUGGGGGACACCGGGGAGAGGAAGCUCAGCAAGUCGGAGACCAACGGCAACAAGUUUGAACGAGGAUCUGUGGAUAAGUUCUCAAUGGAGGCCGUCGACCUGGGUCAGGUGUUCAAGAUAAAAAUCCGCCAUGACAACAGUAUGAUGAGUGCAGACUGGUACCUGGACCAGGUGGAGGUGUUCGACGAGGACACGGAGGAGGUCUUUCUCUUCUUAUGUGAACGUUGGCUGUCCAGGAAGAGGGAGGACGGACGCAUAAAGAGAGUCUUCUAUGUUAAGGGUUAUGAGGGAGUCAGAGAAGGACUGAACAGUAAGAAGAAGAACUCGGCUCUGACGGUGAAGAGUGUCGACAGCAACAUGAACAAAAAGAGCAAGAAGAAGAAGGAGGAAGAACUUGAGCUUCCAAUCAUACCGUACCACAUCACCAUCUGCACGGGUCUGGAGCGGGACGCCAGCACCACCAGCAGAGCUUUUGUGAUCAUUAUCGGUGCCAAUCACACCCAGACGGAGAGGCUGUGGCUGGAGCUGCCGGACGAGAGGGAAGGCUUUGAGGCCGGCUCUCUGGAGAGCUUUCAGUCCCACGGGUCAGACGUGGGGGAGAUCAAGAAGGUUGAGCUCGGUCACGAUGGGGCGACUCCCGAGAGCUGCUGGCUGGUUGAUGAGCUGUCUGUUGCCGUGCCAACCAAAGGGGUCAAAUACAUCUUUGCUUGCAAGUGCUGGCUGGCCAAAGAUCGAGGAGACGGUCUGACCGCUCGAGUCUUCAACGUGUUAGACGCGGAGGCCAUUUCCAUUUGCCAGCAGAUUAUUUACGAGGUGACCGUAGUAACAGGAGACGUGCAGAACGCGGGAACAGACACGCUGAUCUUCAUGUCUGUGUUUGGAGCCAACGGCAGCACGGAGGAGAUGCUGCUGCAGAAGAACGAGGACAGGUUUGAGCGCGGGCAGGACGACACUUUCAACAUGGAGAUCGACGACAUCGCUCCGCUGAGGAAGAUGAGGCUUCGUGUCGACGGCUCCGGCAGUCGACCGGACUGGUUUCUGGACAAGGUGAUCAUGCGUAACCUGACCACAGAGGAGGUGUCCGUGUUCACCCACGAGGAGUGGCUUUCCAGGACGCACGGACCCAAGAGAACCGUGAUCUGCGAGAUGGCUGCCGUGGUGGACGAGGAGAUGAUGGUGGAGCCCACCACCUACAUAGUCCAGGUCAAGACCAGCGACAACGCAGCUGCAGGCACCGAUGCCAACGUGUGGAUCAUCAUCUUCGGAGAGAACGGAGACACGGGCACGCUGGCGUUGAAGGAGUGCAACAAGUCCAACAAGUUUGAGCGCAAGCAGGUGGACACGUUCCGCUUCUCGGACAUCCUCAGCAUGGGCGAGCUCUCCAAAGUGCGAGUGUGGCACGACAACUCAGGUCUUGCUCCAGGAUGGCACUUGGACUAUAUCGAUGUGAAGGAUGAGCUCAUGGACAAAACCUUUCGUUUCCCCUGUGACCGCUGGCUCGCCAAGAAUGACGAUGACGGACAGAUAAUGAGAGAACUGGCGUGUGCUAACAACGACUUCUUGGACCUCAACGAGAAGACGAAGUACGAAAUCUGUAUCACGACUGGAAACACUGAAACCAAAGAAAAUGCCUGGAUCGUACUUGAGGGGAGGAAGGGCCGAUCAAAAGAAUUCGUAAUGGAGAACUCGUCCAAGAAGAAGAGGUUCUUGCGGGGAAAUGUUGACAGGUUUGACUUUUCGUCCAAGAACCUGGGGGACAUCGCUGGUAUCUGCCUGGGCCACACCCCCAAGGAUGGAAAGAAAGUAAAGGGGGAAGUGAACUGGCAUGUGGAGGAGGUCGUCGUCACUGAAAGGGAGCUGGGAAACAAGUACAUCUUCAGCUGCAACGGCCUCAUCCCGCUCUCUCCAAAGAGGGAUGACUUCCUGACCUUUGAGUGCACGAAGACCAUGGAGAGCUUCGCCAGUAAAGCUCGCAGCCUCGUGCCCGUCAAGUACGAGAUCAUCGUGAUCACAGGUGACGAGAAGGGAGCAGGUACGGACGCCAACGUUUUCAUCACCAUCUACGGCUCCAAUGGAGAUUCAGGCUGUCGGCAGCUGCGGCAGAAGUUUCGCAACCUCUUCGAACGCGAGCAGACAGAUCGUUUCCUGCUGGAGAUGCUGGACAUGGGAGAGCUGCAGAAAGUUCGGGUGGAGCACGACAACUCUGGCCUGAGCCCCGGCUGGCUGCUGGACCGCGUAGAAGUCACCAACACAGCCAACGGCGUCACCACCAUCUUCCUCUGUGGGAAGUGGCUGGACUCUGAGAGGGCUGACGGGCAGAUCGCCAGAGUCUUCUACCCCAAAUACUAGAGCAGCUUUAUUUAUACUGCAGAGAGAUCUCCCCUCAAAGAGAUUCUGCUCUGCAAAGUUUCUCAGGAACGUUUUAUAAAUGAUUAUAUUAUAACACUGUGACAAUAUGUGCCAUUCUUUUUAAGUUUCAUACGUCAGGGAUGGUUUGUU